GAGCUUAUGAGGUCCGGCCUCUCCUCAGCCACGUGAUGAGCUCGUGUCCUGUGGUCAGAUGCGAUGGAGCUACAGGGAGCUCAACAGCAAACGGUGACCCUCAAUAAUGGGGUGACAAUGCCCCUCCUCGGCCUGGGCACCUUUCGCAUGCGAGGACUAGAAAACGUCACCCAGGCUGUCGAUACUGCGCUGGAAUGUGGGUACCGCUCAUUUGACACGGCCUCAGUCUAUCGUAAUGAGGGAGAGCUCGGCCAGGCCCUGCGCCAGCUCAUGCCUAAAUACGGCCUAGGUCGUUCUGAUAUCUUCAUUACUAGCAAGUUAUCACCUGCAGAUUUAGGCCCCGGAGCCCGCGAGGCUUGUUUGAAGAGCCUGGCUGAGCUGGGAUUUGAUUACUUGGAUCUCUAUCUCAUUCACUGGCCAGGGAAGCAGGGUUGGCGAAGUGACGAUGCCCGUAACCGGGCAGCUAGAGAAGAAAGCUGGAGAGCCUUGGAAAACCUGUAUGACAUUGGCGCCAUUAAGGCACUGGGCGUGUCUAACUAUACGGAGGCUCACCUGACACAGCUGCUGGAGUCAAGCAGAGUGCCCCCCGCUGUGUUACAGGUGGAACUUCAUCCACGGCUCCCACAAGCUGCUCUUCUCCGUUGGUGUAAACCGAAUGGGGUUCACCUACAAGCUUAUUCUUCCCUGGGCUGUGGGCAUCUUUUAGGGGAUGUAGACGUAUGCAAAGUGGCAACCGCACAUGGACGCACCCCCUCCCAGGUAUUACUCAAGUGGGCACUCCAGCAAGGUGUUGGAGUUAUUCCUAAAGCUUCUACACCAGCAAGAAUAAAGGAGAAUGCUGAAGUCUGGGAUUUUGAGCUGAGUAGUGAAGAAGCUGAACUGCUAAAGGGUGAUGGCACAGAGAAGAAAUACUGCUGGGAUCCUACGGUAGUGGCGUAGCAUCGUCCAGUCUGUCAUCCGUCUGCUUGCUUUGGACAUGUUUACUUGACUGUUUGCUUUUUCUCCCCAAAAAACGGAGCUAAUCCCAUCAAAGAGAAAUAGAAAAGGUUUCAAGACUU